CUCCACGUCCCGAGACAAGCAGAGCGACCAACCACCCAACCGAUACCAGCUUCAGGAGAUUCCCCCUCGUGCACCGUCCCGCCCGCGGCCCCACGGGCCAGCGAGUACCAGCAGCCGGCGAUGUGUGGCGGCGUCGUCGUCGGCGGCUACGUGUCGCCAAGGCAGCGGGUCACGGCUUGCCACCUCUGUCCGGGCAAGAAGCCGAGUAGCGCCGAAGCAGUGGGGAGGAAGGGGACCCACGAGGAGGACGACUUCGACUUCGAGGCUGACUUCGUGAAGUUCGCGGAGUCCGAGGAGUCGGAGGUCGAGUCCGAGGAUGAGGCGGCCAAGCUCUUCGCCGCCCCCAGGAGCGUGAUCGCCAGAGAUGGGUUAAACACAAUUGCAGCUGGUGUUGAUGGCUCUAAUGGGAGGAAAAGAAAGAAUCAAUUCAGGGGUAUCCGCCAGCGCUCAUGGGGUAAAUGGGCUGCUGAAAUCAGAGAUCCUAACAAAGGUGUUCGUGUCUGGCUCGGUACUUACAACUCUCCUGAAGAAGCUGCCAGAGCUUAUGAUGCUGAGGCACGCAGGAUUCGUGGCAAGAAGGCCAAGCUCAACUUCCCUGAUGAGGCUCCAGUGGCUUCUCAGAAGCGCCUUGCUGAGCCUAACUCUGUGGAAGUGCCCAACACUGGAGAGAUGCUGAUUACAAACAACAUGACCAACUCAAAUGCAGAUCACUACCCUGUUGUCGACCACACCAUACCUGGGCCAUUUAUCCAGACUCCAAACAUGUCAUCUGCUCCUUUGGUGAAUUCUGCCGCCUCCAUUCAGGAACCUUUGGUGAACCUGUCCUCUGACCAAGGGAAUGCUAAUUUUGAUUUCUCAGAGUUCGAGCCUAUGAAUUUCCUGAUGGACAGUUCAGAUUACCCAAUCAACACCUUUUUGGGCUCUGAUGAAUCCCAAGAUGGGUAUAUCAACGUGGAUCUUUGGAACUUUGAUGACAUGCCCAUUCCUAAUGGUUUCUACUGAGGUUAGGCCCAGCGACUGGUGCUUGUACAUAGAGCUUCGCUGUGUUUCAUAAAUAAUAUUCCAGAGAUGAUGAAGCGCUCAUGUCAGGCGACUGGCGACUAUAGGUGCUCAGUAGCAAAUUUAGUAUAUCUUAGAUGUUCAGUUAUUUUCUGAAGUACUCGUUGGCACUGGACAUGUACCUUACUAUGUAACCGUAUGUGUCCGGAACAACCUACCUGUCCUUUUCCAGUCUUUACUUUAAAUGGCUCUAAACAUUGUAAGUUUGCAGCCAACAUUGUGCUUGGUUUGCUAUUAGUCUAGCUCAUAUUUCUCCGCAACGCGGAAGUCUUUUAUUGUAGGGGAUGAGCACCAUCUACCUAUAAUAUAUUACUAUCUAUUAUCAAA